UACAUGGGAGAUGAGAGGACAUCUACCGUCUACGCUGGCGAACUUCAAGGCAUCAACUUAGCCCUCCAGAUCGCGCAGGAAGACAGGGACAACGGAAACGACAGAAGCAAGUUGCUGAUCCACACGGACAACCAAGCCGCAAUUCGAUCCACCGCCAAACCGGAGGGCAAGUCUGGGGCGUAUCUGCUCAAAAGCAUUACGCAACAGAUCGGGCAGCUUCAGUCACAGGGACUUGUCGUUGAAAUCAGGUGGGUCCCGGCACAU